UGUGUACAACACUACAAGUCUACAACCAUUUCAUUUCCUAAUCAAUUUUCUUGAACCCCAAAAACCCUAACUCAAGAAAAAAAAAUGCUUCACAGUGGCACUUACAGUUACAGUUACAGUCAGAGUCACAAUCAAACUUCAAGAGAACUGGGGCAUCAAAAUCUCCUCCAACUGAACAUUUACUCUCCAAGUAAGGUCCUUUCUCUUUAUUCUCCUAGGGUUUUUAUAGGGUUUAAUAACAACCAUCUUAAAAAUCAUAAUUUUUCAAGAAGAAAGCACUGCCCUUUACCCAACAAUGCUUUACUUGGUGAUAAAAGAGUUCUAUAUUCACAAACCCAGAAACAAAGUAGUAAAGAAAGUAAGGAUUUUUUGGGGUUUAAGCUUCAGUGUCACUCGAAGACUCUAACUUUACCGACAAAGGGUUUUACAGUAAAUGGUAAAAAGAAGAAGUAUGGUGGUGUUUUGCCAUCAAUUUUAAGGUCUUUAGAGUCUAAUACUGAUGUUGAGAAAACCCUUCAUUCCUUUUGUGAAAAUUUGAGUCCUAAAGAACAAACAGUGGUUCUUAAAGAACAGAGGAAUUGGGAGAGAGUUGUUCGGGUUUUCGAGUUUUUUAAGUCGCAGAAGGAUUAUGUUCCGAAUGUGAUUCAUUAUAAUAUCGUUCUUCGAGUUUUGGGUAGAGCUAAGAGAUGGGAUGAAUUGCGGCUUUGUUGGAUGGAUAUGGCGAAAAAUGGGGUUUUGCCGACGAAUAAUACUUAUGGAAUGCUUGUUGAUGUGUAUGCGAAAGCGGGUCUUGUUGAAGCUCUUUUGUGGAUUAAACACAUGAGACUUAGAGGGUUAUUUCCAGAUGAGGUUACAAUGAAUACUGUUGUCAAGGUUUUGAAGGAUGUGGGUGAGUUUGACAAGGCAGAGAGGUUCUACAAGGAUUGGUGUGCUGGAAGGGUUGAGUUGGAUGGUCUUGAAUUGGAUUCUAUGCUUGAUUCUGAAAAUGGGUCUCGAUCUGAACCAGUUAGUUUUAAGCAUUUUUUGUUGACUGAGCUUUUCAAAACAGGAGGGAGAGUAAAGAUUGGGGGUUCAUCAGAUGAAGAAACAUUGGUUAGGAAGCCACGUCUAACAUCCACAUAUAAUACGUUGAUUGAUUUGUAUGGGAAAGCAGGACGUCUCAAGGAUGCUGCUGAAGUCUUUUCAGAAAUGUUGAAGUCUGGGGUGGCAAUGGAUACCAUCACUUUCAAUACCAUGAUCUUUACUUGUGGAAGUCAUGGACUUUUGUCAGAAGCAGAGUCUUUGCUUGAUAAGAUGGAAGAAAGACGGAUAUCUCCUGAUACGAGAACUUAUAAUAUAUUUUUAUCUCUAUAUGCAGAUGCAGGAAAUAUUAAUGCAGCCCUUGAGUGUUAUUGGAAGAUUAGAAAUGUGGGUCUUGUUCCUGAUAUUGUAUCUCAUAGAACUAUACUUCAUGUAUUAUUUGAAAGGAAUAUGGUAAGAGAAGUGGAGGCUGUUAUUGAAGAAAUGAAGAAGUCUUCUCAGAAAAUUGAUGUGCAUUCUGUUCCUGGUAUCGUUAAAAUGUAUAUUAAUGAAGGUUUGCAUGAUAGAGCAAAUAAACUUUUAGACAAGUGCCAGUUUGAUGUUGGAUUCUCAUCAAAGGUUCAUGCAGCAAUUAUUGAUGCUUAUGCUGAAAGGGGGCUUUGGGCUGAAGCAGAGGCUGUCUUUUAUGGAAAAAGGGAUUUGUUGGGACCAGAGAAGGGUGUUUUGGAAUAUAAUGUCAUGGUCAAAGCUUAUGGUAAGGCAAAGCUUUAUGAUAAAGCCUUUUCUCUCUUUAAGGGCAUGAGAAAUCAUGGGACUUGGCCUGAUGAGGUCACAUAUAAUUCUCUCAUCCAAAUGUGCGCUGGUGGUGAUUUAAUGGAUCAAGCUAGGGACCUCUUCGAUGAAAUGAAAGGAGCAGGGUUUAAACCGCAAUGUCUAACCUUCUCUGCUGUCAUUGCAUGCUAUGCCCGUCUGGGCCAGCUUUCUGAUGCAGUUGAUGUUUACCAAGAAAUGGUAAAAGCAGGAGUAAAACCUAAUGAAGUUGUUUAUGGGUCUUUAAUCAAUGGAUUUGCGGAAGUUGGGAAUGUUGAAGAAGCUCUGAAAUAUUUUCGCAUGAUGGAAGAAAGCGGGAUUCCUGCAAAUCAGAUAGUGCUGACUUCCCUGAUCAAGGUUUAUAGUAAGCUGGGAUGCUUUGACGGAGCAAAACAUUUGUAUAAGAAGAUGAAGGGUUUGGAGGGUGGUCCUGAUAUUAUUGCAUCAAAUAGCAUGAUCAGUCUUUAUGCAGACCUUGGAAUGGUAUCUGAAGCUGAAUUGGUUUUCAAAAAUUUGAGAGAAAAGGGUCAGGCUGAUGGGGUUUCCUUUGCUACCAUGAUGUAUCUGUAUAAGAGCAUGGGCAUGCUUGAUGAAGCCAUUGAUAUUGCAGAGGAGAUGAAGCAGUCGGGUUUGCUGAGGGACUGCGUGUCAUAUAAUAAGGUAAUGGCAUGCUAUGCCACCAAUGGUCAGCUACGCAAGUGCGCUGAAUUAUUGCAUGAGAUGAUUGGCCAGAAACUGUUGCCUGAUGGUGGAACCUUUAAAAUCUUAUUCACUGUUUUGAAGAAAGGAGGCUUUCCAUCUGAAGGUAUAACACAGCUAGAAUCAGCUUAUCUGGAAGGAAAACCUUAUGCUAGACAAGCUGUCAUCACCUCCAUUUUCUCUGUAUUGGGUCUGCAUGCUUUAGCGCUCGAGUCGUGUGAGUCUUUCACGGAAGCAGUAGUAGCUCUCGAUUCCUUUGCCUACAAUGUUGCAAUAUAUGCUUAUGGGUCAUCAGGGGAGAUUGAUAAAGCUUUGAAAACAUUCAUGAAAAUGCAGGAUGAAGGCCUUGAACCAGACCUUGUUACUUCUAUUAAUCUGGUUCAUUGUUAUGGGAAAGCUGGUAUGGUUGAAGGUGUGAAGAGGAUUUAUAGCCAAUUAAAGUAUGGAGAGAUGAAGCCCAAUGAUUCUCUAGUCAAGGUUGUCGUGGAUGCUUAUAAAAAUGCCAACCGGCAUGAUCUUGCCGAAUUGGUUAACCAAGACAUAAGAUUUGGUUUUGAUUCUCGACAAUAUUCUGAUUCUGAAAUUGAAGCCGAGUCUGAUGAAAGUUCUCUGGGGUUUUAGAAUCCAGUAGUUUUGUAUAUUUACCAAUUAUGCACACUGUACAGAGGCAAAGUUCAUUUGAGCAUCGAAGAAUUGUAUGUAUGGAUAGUACAAUAGUCAAAGGAUAGCCCUGUCUUGAUGUAGAGACUGGUUUUGCUGUAAGAUUCUGUAGACUGUAAACCAGGGCUGCUCCCUUCUUAAUAUUUGAUGUCAUCACCAAAUUUUGCCUGUUCUCUUCUUUUUA